AUGGGGCUCUGCCCGUUGGCGAAGAAAAACAAUUGAACAGGACAGGACCGGGACGAGACGGCACAAGGAGCCGUGCAUCGCGGUCGCAACACGAUGUGCUCGACCGCCGGGCUGCCGCCGGCGGGCGCCUGCCUCGCUUUCCGGGUGACCCGGGUGGACACCCCCCGGCCCGGCUCGGUGCUGGCCAAGCUGUGGGGCCGCUUCCAGCAGCGGGAGAGGCAACCGGAGUACCAGAGGCUGCACAGCGACAUACAGAGCUGGGCCAAGGCGGCCCGGCUGGGCGUCGGCAGCGGGCGAGGCGCCCAGCCGGCCCCUCCGCUGGAGACCAACGAGCGAUGCCUGGUGGACACGGGCGGCGAGUGGCACCGGGCCCGCGUGCUGAGCCGCGUGGGCGACGAUUACACCGUCUUCACCCUGGACGAAGGCCGGGCGCUGCCGGUGCGAGCCCGAAGCCUGGACCGAGGUAAGAAGGAGUUUUUCCAGCUGCCGCCCGAGGUGGUCUGCUGCAUCCUGGCCAACCUGGUGCCGGCGGCCGGGGCCGGAGACGGAGGCGGCACCACCAACAACAACAACAACUGCCGCCGCCAUCACCUCGCCGCCGCUUCCUCCUCGUCCUCCGCCGCCGAGGACGACCAAGAGGAGCCGGAGGAAGCGGAACAGCAGAGGAUACCGGAGGGCGGCAGCGAGGAUGGCGGCGGCGCGACCACCUGGUCGCCGGGGGCGCUCUCCUUCUUCCGGACCCUGCAAGGCCGCACCCUGGAGGCGCAGGUGGAGGCCGUGCUGCCUAACCGCCUGGUGCUGAUCGAGGUGGCGCGGGUGUCGAGACAGCUGUGCGAGCUGGGCCUGGCCCGGCCCAUCGACCCGGCCGCCUUCCGGCUGAUGGUGGAGAUGUCCACCUCGCGGCCUUGCGGAGCGGGCGGGACCGUCGCCACCGUCCCCCCGCCGCCGUCGUCGUCGUCGCUCUUCAGGAAAGAGCGCGUCCCGGUGCCGCUCGGAGGCGGUGCCGGUUCCACGAGCGAAGCGCCCUCCGCCUCGGGCCCGGCGGGUCACCAGCCCAGCGAGGCGGGCUACAGCCUCAACUACUUCUACCCGCUGCUGCAGGUGGACGAGACGGUGACGGUGCGGGUGACCCACGUGCGCUACCCGGACCGCUUCUUCUGCCAACUGCGCUGCCACUGCCCGGAACUCGAGCGGCUGCACGACAGCAUGCACCGUUACUAUGACAACAGUCGCGCGGUGGCCGCGGCGCCAGCAGCAGGCCCGGCUCCAGGGGCAGCUCUGGACGCCCCGCGCCGCCUCGGCUCGCCCUGCGCCGCCAAGAGCGCCGACGGCCGCUGGUACCGCGCGCUCGUGCAGCAGACGCUGGCCGACGGCGUGCUCGAGGUCUUCUACGUCGACUACGGCGACCGCGAGGUGGUGCCGGCCCGCGCCGUCCGCAAGCUCAGCCCCGGCUACUUCAAAAUGCCGGUGGUCACCUACCCGUUCGCGCUGCGCGACGCCUCCGACUACGGCCGUGGCUGGUCGCCGCGCCACAUCGAGCUGCUCAAGUCGCUGAUCCUGCGCCGGGUGCUGCAGGCGAAGGUGGAGUACUACAGCUCGGUGGAGAACGUCUACUUCGUCACCCUGCGCCAGGAGGAUGGCUCCUCCGUCAACGCGGCUUUCAACGCCCAGGCCGAGAGCCUGCUGACCGGCUACUGUGAACAGGUCAGGGCCUGGCCCGACACUCAGAAGCCCAGCGCGCUCCAGUGCGGCGGCGACUAUCUCAUAGGGGACCGGAGGACCGAGGGAAUCUCCUCCAAGACCAAGGAUCGCGUCUCUCUGCUGAAGAACGCCAAUCUCAAGCUCAACGCGUUUUAUGAUGUUCUAGUCGAAUUUGUGAAAGAUCCUUCAGAGUUUUGGAUACGAACCAUGGAAACAGCCAGCGAAUUUGAAAAGCUCAUGAACAGCAUUGCCAAGAAAUAUGCAAACGUGGGUCGAAAUGAAGGAUUAGUGAAAAAACCCGAACCUGGUUUGUUAUGUUGCGCUAAGUUCAAGGCUGACAACUUAUUUUAUAGAGCUGUUAUUACUGAGAUUCUUGAUGGCCACUUCAGGGUAUUCUUCAUUGAUUAUGGGAAUAUGGAAGUCGUUGACUGGCAUGAUGUUAAGGUCUUGCUUCCAGAGUAUAGAAAAUUACCUGCCUUGGCAGUGAAGUGCUGCCUUGCUGAUCUCACACCAAAAGAUGGGAGCUGGAGUCGAGAAGCUAUUGCCUAUUUUGAAAAGGCAGUGUUUGAAAAGCAUCUGGUGGUUCACGUUUUAGAGAAGGAAAUGGACAAGUACUUGAUUGAACUUCUAGAUGUAGAAGAUGAAGGAGAACCCAGUGUGAAUAAGUUAAUCUUGCUGGCUGGUUAUGCUGAUCGCAAAGAACUUAAAAUUUCAAAUUUCAAUUCAAAGAACUUGGAUUUGUUGGGCCAUUUAUAUGUUUCUCAUUCAUCUGAAGAAAUUGUGCAUACACAUGGCAGAAGUAACAAAGAGAAAUUGGAACAAAGACCAAUGACUCCUGAAAAAAUUAAACCAUUUACAGAGUACUGUGGGGCGUUGACAGCAGCCUUAAGUGAUUCUGUAACCACAUUAUUUUCCAGUCAAAGUGAAUUUGAAGGUGGCACAGCAACCCACUUGGAAUCUGUAAUUAUGGAGUCUCCCUAUAAACAAGAAUAUCUUAAAGUGGGAAGCACUGUGGAUGUACAAGUAUCUUACAUUGAUGAACCUGGUGACUUUUGGUGUCAAAUGACUAAAAAUACACAUGAGUUGAAAAUACUAAUGAGUAAAAUACAGGAAUAUUAUAAUACGCAUGAAGAUAGUUUUCAGCCUGGUCAAUCUGCUUGUAUUGUACGGUACUCUGAAGAUGGAAAGUGGUACAGAGCACUAAUCCUUGGGAAAGUGACUGCGAUAGAAGUGGAUGUACUGUACAUUGAUUUUGGGAAUAGAGAGAGAGUGCCGAUAAGUGAAUUGCGUCUAAUAAAACCAGAAUUCCUCCUUUUCAAAGGUCAGGCAUUUAGGUGCAGUCUUUAUAACAUCAUUCAGCCCAUGGGUCCUGAUCCAUUCAUGUGGAAUGAAGAUUCAAUUGCUGCAUUUCAGGAAUUUAUUGAUAAUGCCUUAAGCUUGUACAUGGAGCUCAAAUGCACAGUAUAUGCAUUGACUGUUGUAGAAGGCAAAGGGCUGUGCAAUGUUGUAGAUUUGAAUACCCCUUUUCAGAGUGCUUGCCAGUUACUUAUUGAGCGAGGCUUAGCCAAGUUUGUAGGAUCACCUAGUAUUCUUGCCCCAUCAGUAAGCCUUUAUACCUAUUACUAUUCAACUCAUGACGUGAAAAUUGGUAGUGAAGAAGAAAUGUAUGUGAGCCAUGUUGCAAGCCCAACAAAGUUCUACUGUUUACUUGGUAGAAAUCUCGGCAUACUGGAUAAACUUGCCGACAAGGUUAAUAAACUGUCUUCUAAGAUGCAGGGGUAUACUUUUACGCAGGGGAUUGAUCCUAUCUGUCUUGCAAAAUAUACUGAUAAUCGGUGGUAUCGUGCUUUGGCAUGGCCUAUGCAAGAUAGAAUUCGGGUCUCUUUUGUAGACUAUGGCAAUAAAUUAGAUAUUGAUAAAGAUGAAUUGCUUCCAAUACCCAACAGUGCAAAAGAUGUUAAAUUUUUACCCAUGCAAGCAAUUAAAUGUGGUUUGUCUGAUAUACCAGUGGACCUAUCACUUGACAUUAUUAUCUGGUUUAAAAAGGCUGUGAUGGAUAAGCCUUUAAAAGCUGUAGUUGUAGCAAAAGAAACUGAUGGAAAACUGAUUGUUGAAUUAUAUGAUGGGAACAUACAAAUUAAUGCAAAGAUUAAAGAACAGUUAUGCCUGCAGAAUGUCAGUGAAAUCAAAAUAAAUGGAAAUGCUGGUAGGCAAAAAAACAAAAAUGAAAAGUCUUGCUCCCCAUACUUGAAGAGUGACCAUGACCAAUCCCCUCUUAAAAGACGUGCAGUUGAGGACCAAGGUGAUAAUCGAGAAACCGAGAAGGUGACUAUCACAUGCAAGCAGGACAGGUGGAAAAACAGAACAGAAGUUAUUACACAGACUGAGGAGACUGGGAUAAAGAAAGGUGUUCACAACAAAAUGUAUACCAAGAAUACAAAAGAAUAUUUGGAUGUAAAAUCUGCUAUGGAAAUUAUCGAUCACAAAUUAGAUAGCAUUUUGGCUGAAAACUCCAUCAAAAAGAACUCUGACUUGGAUAUAACUUGGCCUAAGUUGACAGACCUCCCACUGAUGACAUUAAGUAGUGGAUUUAAAAGUGAGGUAUCUGUCUCGCAUGUUAUCAGUCCAUCACACUUCUUUGUUCAGCUUCUCCAAAAUGAAGACAAAGUAACUGCAAUGGAAGAAAAGUUGAAUGCAAGCAAUAUGAAUGACAGCAAAGUGGGAAGCUUUCAGAUUGGUAAUGUAGUAUGUGCAGAAUUUCCUGAAGAUGGGUCUCAGUACAGAGCUGUUAUAACUCAAGUUCAUGGUGAUACUGUUUCUGUUGAGUAUAUAGAUUAUGGUAAUACUGCAACGGUGGAUGCAUCAAAAGUUUUUCCUCUUCCUAAAGACUGCUUGGAAGUCCACCGGCUUAGUAUACCAUGCUUUCUUGCAGGAUUUCAGGAUUCAAGUUUAAGAGAAAAUAAAGAGGAAGCUGUCUCUGAAUUCAUAAAAAGAACAAAUAAAACUGGAAUAAUGUGUGAAUUUAUACAACCGUGUGGGCAACUGUGGGAGGUUAAUCUUCAUGAUGACCAGGGAUCAGUAGUUGAUUUGUUGAAUAACUUUGCAUUUAGAAAUGGUACACAGUGUUCUGAUCCCACUGAAUGCCCCAUAAGUGAUGUAAGAUCUGCUUCAAAGCUUCUUGCACAUGUCUCUGCAGUAAACUCUCCUCAGCAGUUUUGGUGUCAGUUUAAAACAACAAGUGAUGGCAUAUUUACUGAAGCAAUUGAGAAAAUGAAAGAUAACUGCCAUAAUUUAAUAUCUAAGGAUGAUUCAGCUCCCAAAGCUGGUGUUCUGUGUAUGGUGAAAAGUAAAGCAAAUAAUAACUGGGCUACUUGUGAAAUUGUGCAAGUUUGUAAUAGAGGUGUUGAAGUACUCUUUCUAAAGGAAGGCAUAAGGGAAGAAGUAAACAAUGAAGACACAAAGGAAGUAACUCCUGCAUUUACACUAACUUAUGAAUGUAAGUUGCAUGGCUUGUUUCCAGUUGAUGGAAAUAGCUGGUCUAAAGAAACCAUUGAAUUCUUUAAAGCUUUGGUUUUGCACAAAACUGUGACUGUUAAAGUGAUUAGUAUUUCUGAAGAUAAUGUAUUGGACGUGACAUUGUACGAUCACUUGGAUAAAAUUGUGAGCAGCACACUGAUAUCCUCAGGAUUGGGUGUUGAAAAGCCAAAUGUGUGUGUAUCUGACAGAACCAGUUAUGGACGAUACAUCAAGAAACUUCCUUUAGUGGGUCAGACCAUUGAAGGAUAUAUAACUGCCGCAGAAAGUCCUAGUUAUUUCUGGUGUCAGUAUUCAUCCCCUGAAGUUCAAAUGUUAUCUAGAAAAAUGCAAGAAGUUGGAGUACUUGGUGUUACCAAUAGGGAAUUACUCUCUGACAUUUCAGUUGACGACAGCUGUUUUUGUAAAUAUUGUGAAGAUGGGCAGUGGUACCGAGCUGAAGUAAAAAAAGUAAAAGGAAACAUAAUAUCUCUACAAUAUGUUGAUUAUGGGAAUGAAGAUGAUGUUGGAAUAGAACAAAUGAAAAAAAUGCCCAAAGAGUUACUAAAGAUUCCCACGCAGUCUUUUCCAUGUUGCCUUUCUGGAUAUGAUUUAUCUAAAGGUUCUUGGAAAGAUGGUGCUGUAGAUGCUCUCCUUCGUCUUUCAGAUCAGUUGUUAAAAAUUACUGUGGUAGCAAAUGAAUGUAAAGACACCAGUUUACCGUCUUUAUUAUUUGUCCAAAUUCAGUAUGUUGGUGGUGUAAUCAAUGAUAUAGUAAGGCACUUGUGGAAUCCACAUGUUGAAAAAUAUGGCAAAAACUGCCAGGUAUAUGAUAAAGAUUCAUUAUGUACUGGUCAGUUAACUCCUCUGCUGUCUAGCCCUGGUGGUUUGAAUCGAGAAGAUAAACUUAUGCAGGCUAUAACUUCAACAAAUGGAGCAUGUUCUGAAGUACCAAAUUCAGGAAACUUUGGUAAUUUUAGCAGUUUGCACAAUGACGAAGAAAAAUGUCUUAAUCCACCUGUAAAUAUACCAGAAGGGAAUAAUGAAUUCCUAAUUAAUAUUCCAAAUAUUCCGGCAUCUUCAAUAGUGGAUGGUAUAGGUAAUGAAGGACUCGGACAAAAUACUUCAAAAACUCAUGAACCUGCUGCAUUGUCUUCAAUUCCCACUGAAGAUACUAUUGAGACAGUUGUGGUUGGCAAUUUUGAAGAUUCUGUCUCUUCGGGUCCAGAUGAAGGAAUGCUUUCAACACAGCCUUGUAUGGAUCAAUACUCUUUAAGCAACCAGAUUGAAGAUGCAGAUCUUGAAGCACAAGGACCAUUUGAAGCAAGUGAACAUCUGCAGGCCUCUGUGCAGAGUAUUGAUUUGUAUGAAGAAAUUUUUAACUGCCAACAGAAUCAACCCUUCACAGAGGAGAUUGGUGAUGAUUCCAUGACCCGUAUUCUCAUCUCCCAUGAUGACGAUGAUGACUACUAUGAUCAAAAUGUAUCAGAGCUCCAGGUGAAUACCAGUGAAACGGAGGACCAAUUUGAGACAGGAUUACAGAUAGCAAUAACUGAAGAAAGUGCUAUAAAAGAGAAAGACAUUCCUUUGAAAGAUCCAUUUACUGGCAUGGAGAAAGAAUCAUCAUCAUUGAUACUUCAAGCUGAUCAUGAUAUUUGUGUGGAUGCUCAAAGUGAGAAAGAAAACCAGAGCACUGGGUCAAGCUAUUCAAAUCCCUGUACUGAUGUCUCCCAAAAGGAAAUGGUUGGUUUUGAGGUUCACUGUGAAAAAGAUGAUGAUCAAAUGCGAUGUUCACAUGUGGCAACAACUGCUGAUAGUGUUGAAUCAGAUAAAGAACAAUUGAUUGAUGCCAGUAUCAAGGUCACUGAUACUGUGCUACUUUCUACCGAAUCAGAAAUUGCAUCGCUCAAACACUUCAUUGAUCAAAACCAAAAACACCAAUUGAUGCCUAUUGCUGCACUUGCAGCAUCAGAAAAAUGAAGUGGACGUGGAAAUUUGUCAAACAAAAAUGUAGAAACUGAUAGCUGCUUCAUCGUACAGGGCACAUCUAAAGGAGAAUCUGUGACUUGUCUUAAAUAAUGACAUCAGAGAUCUUUAGAGAAGAUUUGUAAAGAACUAUCUGAUUAUUCCUUAUUAAAAAACACCAUGGCUACAAAUAGUGAAAUUAGCUUUUCAUUUAGCCCCCACCUGCCCAACUGAUUUUAAAGAUUCUUUGGAGAAGAAUACUGUAGACUCUGGAAUCAAUCUCCAGUCCUUAAAACUGAAACCACUCUAUACUAUGUUUAUGAUUGAUCAGGUACCUAAAAGAGUAAUAGGUGAUCUUUGUUUUGGGAUGUUACAGUACUUCAGUCAUUGUUUUAAAUUUGGGGUUGAAGCUUGCAUACAAUUCACAGCAAAACCCAAGGUUUUCUCUUACUUGCCAUGAAGUUGUCUAAAUUUCUGAGUGAUGCUGUUGGUGGGGGUUGGAGAGGGAGGGAGGGAAUGGUGUGGUAGAGGUUAUGUUAUUCACAGGUGUAUGGCCUGUUGGAUAGAUUUUGAAUUUAAAGAUUACUGCUGGUACCAGUCAGUUGAAAUUUACCAUAUUUCAUCUGUAAUGGUGAGCAUAGAUACUUGAAGUUGUAAAAUAUGAUAAAUCUAUUAAGCAAAAAUUGUAAAGAAUCUUGCUGAAAUCUGAUCAGUAUGCAAGUCUGUCAAUGUCUUAAAAUUAUUUCUAUAUGUACGUCACAGCCAAAAGUAUAAUCACCCCUGGUUCUAGAAAACGUCCUUUCACAAACUCUGAAUUAUGGAUUAUAAUACAAGUCAACUAUUACUACCAGAAACAAACAGGAUUUUUCCAAUAGUAGUCAUCAAAAUACUUUUAAUGUACACUGCAAACUGUUGAAAAUGUGUUCAGCUGAAAUGACAAAUAAAAGCUUGUUUACGCA